CCUCAGAGCACUCCAAACCAGUCAUCAUGAAGGUCCCUGUCCUUUCUGUCAUCGUCCUGCUCUCUCUCCUGGCUCUCCAAUCUGCCCAGGGGGCUGCCCUAGGAGACUCUCAGGGAGGGACCACAGCGGCAAAUUAUGCAGAGGGAUCUGAGAACACAGACACCCAGUUCCUGAAUGUUGAUAGGUGGCGGUCUGCCUUCCAGUCGAAGGAGUUCCUAAACUGGCAUGCCCUCUUUGAGGCUAUUAAAGAAAAACUCCCCUUCCUCAACUGGGAAGCCUUCCCCAAGUUGAAGGGAAUGAGGAGUGUGAUUCCUGACUCACAGUGACACUCCAACCCGCCAGACCCCCACGCCAAUACCUCCCAUCACGAAGCCCUGAUUUUCAAGACCUAAACUGCCCUGGAGAAUUUGGGGGAAGGUCUAAGAUCUGCUUCAUCCCAAGGACAUCUCCCCUUGCCCUUGUAGGUGUAAUAAAGAUGAUCGCACCUGUGAA